AUGGGCGAAGAGGAGACGGCCCCGGGCCCAACGCGGCGCGACGCGGAGGGCCCGCGGUUCUCCGCGCUGCGUCCGUCGCUGCGCCCAGAGUCGCUCGAGGUGCUCCGCUCGCGGGGCUUCGAGCGCGCGACGCCGGUGCAGGCCGCGGCGAUCGGCCUCCUCGCGGGGAACAAGGACGUCGCCGUGGAGGCGUGCACCGGGAGCGGGAAGACGCUCGCGUUCGUGCUCCCGCUCGUGGAGAUCCUGUCGCGCGCGGAGUCGCGGUUCAGGCCGCAUCAAGUGGGCGCCGUCGUCGUCUCCCCGACGCGCGAGCUCGCGAAGCAGAUCUUCGACGUCGCCGCGCCCUUCUUGCGCACGAUCCCGAGGACGUCGCCGCCGAUGCUCCUCGUCGGCGGCACGGACCCAGCGCGCGACGUCCGAGGAUUCGACGACGACGGCGCGUGCUGCCUCGUCGGCACGCCGGGGCGGCUCGACGACGUCAUGAUUCGCGCCAAGACGAUGGACCUCAAGCGCGUCGAGCUUCUCGUGUUGGACGAAGCGGAUCGGCUGCUGUCGAUGGGGUUUCAGAAGACCCUGAGCGCGAUCAUCGGGAGGCUGCCGAAGCAGCGGAGGACGGGGCUGUUCAGCGCGACGCAGACGGAGGAGGUGGAGGAGCUCGCGCGCGCGGGACUGCGCAACCCGGUGCGGGUGACGGUCAGGUGCGCGGCGGCGAACGCGGCGGCCGCCGCGGGCGCGCCGCCGUCCUCCGCGGCCGCGCGAGGGAAGCUCCCGUCGCAGCUGAAGCUGACGUACGAGACAUGUCACUACGACGAGAGGCUGUGGCGGCUGAAGACGUUCCUGAGCGAGAAGUUGCGCGCAGACGCGAAGGUCAUCGUGUACUUUCUCACGUGCGCGUGCGUGGAUUACUACCACACCGCGCUGAGCGCGGGCGGGCCCGCGGAUCCGUUGGCCGGCGACGAUGACGAUGGAGUGAGGCCCGCCGCAGGCGCGACCGACGCCGUCGUCGCGCUGCACGGGAAGAUGAAACAAGCGCAGCGCGAAGCCGCGCUCUCCGCGUUCGCGGCGACGACGACGGGCGCGUGUUUGCUGUGCACCGACGUCGCCGCGCGGGGUCUGGACAUCCCGGGCGUGGACUGGGUGAUUCAGUUCGACGCGCCGCAGGACCCGGCGGCGUUCGUGCAUCGCGUCGGGAGGACCGCGCGGAUGGGACGGGAAGGGAGCUCGUUGCUGUACGUGUCGCCGCACGAGGAGAGUUACCUCGAGUUUCUCAGGGUGCGGCACAUUAAGUCCCCCGAGUCCGCGGAGGGCGGCCGCGCCGUCUGCGCCGCGCUCCGCGCGCACUCGGAGAAGAACCGAGAGGCGAUGGAGAAGGGCGUGCGCGCCUUCGUGUCCUACGCGCGCGGAUACAAAGAGCACCACUGCCGGUUCAUCUUCCGCUUCAAAGAGCUCCCGCUCGCGAGGCUCGCGCGCGCGAUGGGCCUGCUGCGGCUGCCGCGCAUGAAAGAGAUCCGCAAGGCGUCGAAGGCGUCCCUGGCCGGGUUCGAGGAGUCGAGCGUAGACCCGGACGGCGUCCCGUUCGCGGAUAAGGCGCGGGAACGACAACGC